GAUAUAAAACAGGCCCAUGCCUUCUGCCCGCCUGUCAGUUCGUCCCCAGCUGCUCCAGGAACGGAGGGUCCAUGCAGCCCCGGAUCAUCCUCAUUGCUGUCCUCCUGUCGCUCCUGGCCUCAGCCCGGGCGCAGGAGGACGAGGAUGCCUCCCUGCUGGGCUUCAUGCAGGGUUACAUGCAACAUGCCACCAAGCGGGCCCAGGAUGCUCUGAGCAGUGUACAGGACUCACAAAUGGCCCAGCAGGCCAGGGGCUGGAUGUCAGGCAGCCUGAGCUCUCUGCACAACUACUGGAACACAUUCACAGACAAAUUUACUGGGUUCUGGGACUCUGCCUCUGAGGACCAACCGACUUCACAUUCCGAGGUGGCCAGGGGCCAGCGCCAGCCACCCUCAGACACUGCUGUCACCGACACGGCUACAUAAACUAUGUUCUCAGGGCCUGUCCUGGCCCACAACCCAAUCUGCUGUUCUCCCAAUAAACCUGGACUGGAAACGUUC